ACUUCAAGAGGUCUUUUCACUUCCGCUCCGCCUUCGACAAGACUUCCACUUCUUUCCAUUUCUGACCGCAACUAUGGCGGUAGGGAAAAAUAAAGGUCUUUCGAAAGGAGGCAAAAAGGGCGUCAAAAAGAAGAUUGUCGACCCGUUCACCCGCAAAGACUGGUACGAUGUUAAAGCACCAUCGAUGUUCACUAGCCGCCAAGUGGGCAAGACUUUGGUGAACAGAACACAAGGAACAAAGAUCGCCUCCGAGGGUCUGAAGUUCCGAGUAUUCGAAGUAUCGCUCGCUGAUCUUCAGAGCGACAAUGACGCUGAGAGGUCUUUCCGUAAAUUCAGGCUGAUCGCAGAAGACGUUCAGGGUCGCAAUGUCUUGACCAACUUCCAUGGCAUGGACUUAACCACCGACAAACUGAGGUCCAUGGUCAAGAAAUGGCAAACCCUUAUCGAGGCUCACGUUGAUGUGAAGACCACAGAUGGAUAUCUCCUGAGAAUAUUCUGCAUUGGUUUCACGAACAAAGAUCAACAAAGUCAGAGGAAAACUUGUUACGCCCAACACGCCCAGGUGCGCAACAUUCGUAAGAAGAUGGUGGAAAUCAUCAACGACGAUAUUGCCAAGAGCGAUCUUAAAGGUGUGGUCAGCAAACUUUUACCCGACGCAAUUGCCAAGGAUAUCGAAAAGGCCUGUCAGGGAAUUUACCCCCUUCAUGAUGUUUACAUCCGAAAGGUUAAAGUAUUAAAGAAGCCCCGUUUCGAGUUAAGCAAACUUCUUGAAUUACACGGCGAUGGAGGCGGCAGCAGCAGCAAAGGAGAAGGUGGUGAAGCCGGAUCAAAGGUUGACAGACCUGAAGGUUACGAACCACCAGUACAAGAAUCCGUUUAAAAUGGUAUUCUAUUAAAUUUCUUUUAAAAAUAAAAGCCACCUACUGUGCAGA